CAUGCCAUUAAUUGCACUAGAAACAUUACCGAAACCAGUUCACGGAGGGACCUCUCCACCCAGCUGGUGAUCUCUGUGCUCUCCUGCCUAACCAUGGCAACCCCAGAUGUGAGCGUUCACAUGGAGGAGGUGGUCGUGGUAACGACACCUGACAAUGUGGUUGAUGGCAGUGGUGUGGAAGAAGUGAAAACUGUGCUAGUGACCACAAACUUGUCUCAACAUGGCGGCGACCUAAAUGAAGACACCCUGGAGACAGAAAAUGCAGCUGCUGCAGCCGCUGCUGCCUUCACAGCUUCCACACAUCUGAAAGAAGCGGUCUUAGUGAAGAUGGCUGAAGAGGAGGACAGCUUGGAGGCUGAGAUUGUUUAUCCCAUCACCUGCGGAGAUAGUAAAGCCAACCUGAUAUGGAGGAAGUUCGUGUGCCCAGGCAUUAAUGUGAAAUGUGUCCAGUAUGAUGAUCACCUAAUUAGUCCCAAAGAGUUUGUCCACUUGGCUGGCAAGUCAACCCUGAAGGACUGGAAGCGAGCAAUCCGGAUGAAUGGGAUCAUGCUCAGGAAGAUCAUGGACUCUGGAGAGCUGGAUUUCUACCAACAUACCAAGGUCUGUUCAAACACCUGCCGAAGCACUAAAAUUGACCUGACCGGAGCCAGAGUGUCUCUGACCAGCCAGACGUCAACAGAGUAUAUUCCUCUCACCCCUGCCUCUGCAGAUGUAAAUGGAUCUCCUGCUACAAUCACCAUAGAAACUUGUGAGGAAGCCAGUGAUUGGACCACUAGCAUUGGAGAUGACACGUUUGCAUUCUGGCGAGGUCUGAAGGAGGCAGGGCUGCUGGAAGAAGUGAUCGAAGAGUUUCACCAGGAGCUUGUGGAGACCAUGAGGGGCUUACAGCAGCGGGUCCAGGAUCCUCCCUUACAGCUCAGUGAUGCUGUCUUACUCAACAACAUAGUCCAGAAUUUCGGCAUGCUGGACCUGGUAAAGAAAGUUCUAGCUAGCCACAAGUGCCAGAUGGAUCGCUCAAGAGAACAAUACACACGGGAUUUAGCAGCAUUGGAGCAGCAAUGUGACGAGCACCGCAAGCGAGCAAAGGAGCUGAAGCACAAAUCGCAGCAUCUCAACAACGUGCUGAUGACUCUGACUCCAGUCUCCAUCCCAGCACCUUUAAAACGCCCCAGACUUACCAGGGCCACCUCUGGGCCAGCUGCUAUCACCUCUCAAGUCCUGACCCAAUCAGCACAAAUUGCCUUGGCCCCAGGAGUGCCCGUCUCUCAGCUUGCCAACCUCCCUCUCAGCAAAGUGGUGUCUGCCCUUCCAGCCUCAGUGCUUGGGAAAAGUACAUCUCAGGCUCCCUCAGCCAGCUCCCCAGCCUCUCCGUUAUUGGGAGGAUACACUGUACUGGCUUCCUCAGGCUCUAGUUUCCCCAACACCGUUGAGAUCCAUCCCGAUGCUUCCAACCUGACAGUCCUCAGCACGGCAGCCAUACAAGAUGGCAGCACUGUGGUGAAAGUGGUGAGCCCUUUUCAGCUGCUCACCCUCCCGGGACUAGGCACCACCAUACAGAACGUAACACAAAUGGCUCCCAGCGGGAGCACAAUUGUGACGGUGCCGUCGAGCGCCGUUGAGGAUGCCACGGCGUCGGACGAACACACCACCACCAUCGAGGUGACAACAGUGGCAGAAGAGCCAGAGCAGAAAUGAAAAGGGGACUUGCCUGGAGGGACAUUUUUUUGUGACGUACUCUGGCUUGAGCUGCCUUUUCUCUGCCUGCGCUGAGGGAAGAGGGAACAGUAUAAAGAGGGCACAGGGAAUAGAGACUCUGAGGUAGAUUGGCUAAAAGGAGUAAUAAUGAGGUUUGAGCCAAAGAAAGGGAAAAAGAGAGACCCCCCAAAAAGAGGGGGGGGAAUGAAUCGCACUGAUCCAUUAACCGGUUUACAUAUAAAACUUUCCUCCCGUGUUUUCCUGGAACACAUGUUAUCUUCAUGUCUAGUUCACUAGCUCUGAAUCGUCUCUAGACAUCUCAGCUGGAAAGAGCGUCAAGAGAAGCAGAUGUGGGCAGGGCCUGAGAACAGGGAAUGAGCAGAAAGUAGCGAAAGGUUAAGGAAACAAUAGAUGAGGCAUUUUACCAGAACCUAAGGGGUAAGUGGCCAAGGGGCACUCCUGAGUUCUGUCAUGAUUCAAUACUGCAUGUAGGCCAACAAUACUAGGGAAUCUGCUGCUUCCCCCUCACAGCAGAGGGCAGUUUGGGAAGCUGGUGUUUUGGAGGGUGGGCCGGUACAGAGUGCAUAGCUGGGCAUGAAGAAUGUGCAUGACAGUUGAGGUAAAGCAGCCUUGGACCAGGGAAGGGCCUCUGAUGUGUGGCAGUCACAGGGCUGAUCCAAGUGACCCUUGUUGCUGGUUUCUGCACAUAAUGUUGGGUUUGGGUAGUUAAAUGCAGUAUCUCAAUAUUACCAAAUGUGCAGUCUCCUCAUUGUGAGCGAGAUGCUGGUCUCCCAAGUCUGAUCAUUUAGAGGGGGAGGGGGGACAGUUAUUAAAGCUUUUGGUUCCAUCCAGGGACAGGUGUGGAAAAUCUGUAUCUUCUGAGGAUUUAGGGUCUCCUUCUGUUUUCUCAAAAAUCUGUUCUUUUGGGUUUUUUAAAAAAAGGAAACUCUUGUGGCCCUUCUGGUUGUGAAGCUGCUAUGCAGGGGCACAGUUGUACUGUUGAGUAUGCAGAGAAAACAAUUAAAUAAUAGCACUAAGAGACAUCUGAACUUCUUCCAUCUUAGCAGUUGUUAACUGUGGAAUCUAAUUGUCUCCAUGUCUCUGCUAACCGCUUAUCAGAAGCAUCUAGCCAGUGAGCCUUAUCUAGUGUGGCUGGGUGUUCUUGUCCCCUCCCAAUGCGUCCAAAAGGAUAUUUUGUGGGCUGCAAGGUUUGAAUAUGCAAAUAGAAUAUUCAGAUAUCAAAUACUCUUUUGAUUAUUCAGCUCGCUGAGAGGUUCGCUACUGUCCUUAUUUUUGUAAAAGUAGUGUGUGUGUGUGAAAGUGACAUUUCAGCUAGAGACAGUGUUAAAGGGGCUGGAUUCCUGCAGUGUGGGUUUUCUAUCAACUUGAUCUGGCAGCAGCAGCAAC